CAUCUACGUUUAAAUCUCCGUCCGCCCCUUCUCUCCUCUUUUUUGUAGAUACGCACAAUAUUUACACACUAUACGUAUAUCUCUCUGUCUAUACAAAAUCAGAUUCAUACGCAGUAGUGGAAGGAACAGGAAAAAUGGCGGCUUUUGAGUACCUAGAGUCCCUUCGUAAUGCGCAUCCGGAGCUUUCGGAGUGGUACAACACGCUUGCAGAUCUGUACCAGCGGAAGCUCUGGCACCAGCUCACGCUCAAGCUUGAACAGUUCGUUGCCCUUCCUGUCUUUCAGGCUGGCGAUGCUCUCAUACAAUUGUACAAUAAUUUCAUAACUGAUUUUGAGACAAAGAUCAAUCUUCUGAAGCUUGCACAUUUUGCGGUCGUAGUAUCUCGGCAGUACACAGAGAAAGAUGCUGCUAUUAAUUAUCUUCAAGGAAUAAUUGAAAAGCUACGCAAUACAAAGGAGAUGCGCAUUGAGGAACCGAUUCUUUAUAUCAAGAUGCAGAUUGCUGUAUAUAAGCUUGAGCAAGAAGAUAAAAAAGAGUGCCAAAAUCUUUUAGAAGAUGGAAAGAGUAUACUUGACAGCAUGACUGACAUCGAUCCAUCUGUGUAUGCUUGCUAUUAUUGGAUUUCCUCUCAAUACCAUAAAUCUCGUCAAGAAUUUGCAGAUUUCUACAAAAAUGCUCUCCUCUAUCUAGCUUACACCUCAGUACAGUCGCUAUCAGAAUCAUUUAAGCUGGUAGGGUAAUAUAUCUUGCUUUUUCAUUAUUUAGGAAAUAAAUUUGUGAUCAGCCCUGGAUAGGAAUUAUUGUCUCCCAAGGUGGUGGUUGCAUUGUGCCAUCUUUCAUGGAAAGCUAAAGCAUGAUGUUAUAUAAAAUUGUGAUAAUGACCACCCGUAUUAGAGGUAUAUAUUUUUUUAUUUCUACCUGGUAAUUAUUCUGUCGUGACAAUUAGUAGUGGAUACCCUCACUUAAGUCUGUAUGACAUCUUAUGCUAAAACGGACAUUGUGUUUUCGAGUUUCUGUCUUAAAGUAGGUAAGAAAUUCUUGUCAGAUGAUUAGAUCUUGAAACGUUUCCGUGGAGAGAAAAAGCAAAAAAACUCUGAAGGUUACCUUUGGAAGAAAGUGUGUCGAGUACACAAACAGUUACAGGUAGCCCAAAUGAAGUAGAAAAUAGUGUAGCAA